CUUCUCUCCUCCACAGGAGAAAUGUCCGGUACGUCCGGCAGCGAACUCCGUACCUCUCUGAAGCUUCCAUGGAGGAUCCGGUUCAUCCUUGCCGCCUUGAACGCCAUCUCUAAUGCAUCUAUUCGCCGUAAUGGCACCGUCAACCGCUGUCUCAUGACACUUAUUGACUUCAAAGUGCCCCCCUCCGACAAGCCAGUUAAAGGCGUUACCACCUCCGACACCACAGUCGACCCCUCCCGGAACCUGUGGUUUCGCUACUUCCUUCCUCGUGGUACCACUUCCGGGGAAAAUCUUCCGAUCAUCGUCUAUUUCCACGGCGGCAGCCUCGUGUUCCUUUCCCCCAGCUCCAAGUCCUACGAUGACCUCUGCCGCCGCCUCGCUGGAGAACUCCCCGCCACCGUCGUCUCCGUCAACUACCGUCUCGCUCCGGAGCACAAAUUCCCCUCUCCGUACGAAGACGGCGUCGAAAUCCUCAAAUUCAUUGACGAAAACCCCCCAGCCAACGCCGAUCUAACACGCUGCUUCAUCGUAGGCGACAGCGCCGGCGGCAACCUGGUCCACCACGUAACUGCAAGGGCCGGGGAGCACGACUUCCGAAACCUGAAAAUCGCCGGAGCCAUACUGAUACAACCAUUUUUCGGCGGAGAAGAGAGAACAGAAUCCGAAAUUCAGCUCGCUGGAACUCCGCUAUGGUCCGUGGAGCGCACGGACUGGUGCUGGAAGGCGUUUCUGCCGGAGGGGUCUGACCGAGACCAUCCGGCGGCGAACGUAUUCGGGCCGAAAUCGAGCGAUAUAUCGGGGUUGAAGUUUCCGAAAAGUUUGGUGUUCAUGGGAGGCUUUGAUCCAUUAAGAGACUGGCAGAAGAGGUAUUGUGAAGGACUGAAAGGAAAUGGAAAAGAAGUGAAGGUGGUUGAUUAUCCAAAUGCCAUUCACUCCUUUUAUAUCUUUCCUCAAUUGCCUGAAUCAACUCUAUUUCUCACGGAGCUUCAAGAUUUCAUUUAUUCUCAAUAAAUUUUCUUUUGAUUUUCCUUGGAUUUUUCUUUUGAGUUUGCUUGUUGGAUCAAUUUUAGUACUGUGUUUUGUUCAAUAAAUUGUGAGUGAAAUAAAUUAAGCAAGGUUGUUCAGUUUUUA